AUGUCGCGGCUCCUGCAGCACGUUGGGUUAUCGAAAGACACGGCGCACAUAACCCUGCUCGGAAUAUCGGCCGCUGUUUUGUCAAUGGCAGCGUGGAGGCUAUACAAGCAAGAGGUGAAGUCUCUUGUCUCCAGGCCGGCCCUCCUCAAGACCCUGGACGCCGGCAAGCUCGACCCGGUCAUCGGCCGCGACGACGAGAUCGACCGCGUCAUCUGCAUCCUCUGCCGCCGGACCAAGAACUGCGCCGCGCUCGUCGGGGCCGCGGGCGUCGGCAAGACGGCCGUCGCCGAGGGCCUCGCCCUGCGCAUCGCCGCCGGGGACGUCCCGGACGCGCUGACGGGGGCGCGCGUCGCCGAGCUCGACGUCGGGGCCAUGGUCGCGGGCACCCGGUGGCGCGGCAUGUUCGAGCAGCGCCUCAAGGACGCCAUCGCGCAGGCCGAGGACUCCGACGGGAAGCUCAUACUAUUCAUAGACGAGAUGCACAUGAUCGUCGGCGCCGGCGACCGUGGGGGCACCGGCGACGCCGCCAACAUCCUCAAGCCGGCAUUGGCCCGUGGCCGCAUCCGCUGCGUGGGCGCCACCACCUCCCAGGAGUACCGCAAGCACAUCGAGAAAGAUUCCGCGCUCGAGCGCCGGUUCCAAAAGGUUGACGUCGACGAGCCCAGCGUGGAAGCCACCAUUGCCAUCCUCCAGGGGCUCAAGAAGCGGUACCAGAAGCACCAUGGCUUGACAAUCGACGACGAUGCUCUAGUUGCUGCUGUACGCCUCGCUGACCGUUACAUUACAGGUCGCCAGUUUCCUGACAAAGCAAUCGAUCUGAUGGACGAGGCAUGCACUGCGGUGAAGCUGCGUAAACAAAAACAAGUUGAAAACAUUCAAGGUAGCACUAUAAGUGAACCCAAGGAGGUUCUUACUGUUGGUCCAGGUCAUGUCGCACAGGCCGUGAGCCGAUGGACUAAAAUUCCCAUCACCACAUUUGAUCAAGAUGGGGAGAAGCUGAUCAACCUGGCACAGAAGUUGCACGAGCGAGUUGUUGGUCAGAACGAAGCGGUCGAUUUGGUUGCACAGGAAGUGCUACGUUCUAGGGCUGGCUUUGGUCAAUCUGGCCAACCAGUUGGUUCUUUCCUCUUUUUGGGUCCGACGGGUGUUGGAAAGACAGAGCUCGCUAAAUCACUUGCCGAGAAGCUAUUUGACAACGAGAAGGCGUUGAUUCGCUUUGACAUGUCUGAAUAUGUUGACAGUGGAUCCGUGUUGCGUCUCAUAGGAGGACCUCGAAGUUAUGAAGAAGGAGAACUCACCGAGAAAAUUAGGAGCCAACCAUUUAGCGUUAUUCUUUUUGACGAGGUGGAUAAGGCAAAUCCCUCGAUAGUUAAGAUUCUCAUUCAACUCCUCGGAGAUGGUAUGUUGACUGAUGGCAAAGGACGGGCCGUAGACUUCAAGAAUACUAUCAUCAUUAUGACCUCAAAUCUAGGAGCAGAGAACCUAUCGACUAGAAUAGCCGGAGAAAACAUGGAAACAAAGCGAGAUAUUCUCAUGAUAAAGGUCGAGGAAUGCUUCAAGCAUGAACUUAUCAACAAGCUAAGUGAAAUUGUGAUGUUUGAGCCGCUUUCACAUGACGAACUGAGGGAGAUCGUGAGAAUCCAGAUGAAGGGUGUCAUUGCCACGGUAGCUGACAAGGGCGUCUCCCUGUUUGCAAGUGACGCCGCCUUGGACAUCAUUUGCUCAAAGUCACAUAAUGAUGUGUAUGGUGCAAGGCCAAUUAAAAGAUGGAUGAAGAAAAACGUGACAACAGUUCUUGCGGACAUGCUGGUCAAUGGAGAAGCCUGUCGAGGCUCGACCAUUUCCAUCGAUGCUGCUGACGAUAAAAGAGGCCUCAAGUACCAAGUGACGACGAAGCAAGGGGUGACAGAUACAUUAGGCCUAUAA